GUUCAAUCAAAGACUAAAAUGGAUAUUCUCAAUCCAAUCAACCCUGCAAAAUGACAAACAUUCCUUUCAUUGUGUGCCUCGUGAUGGAUGAGCGGCAGGGUGUCCCCUUGACCUCUGACGUGGUUCACCAUGCCUAAGAGACUGGACCAAUGUUAGCCAAGGUUUCUUCUUCUUCUGCUUCUUCAAACCCAAUCAGCAGUAGUACUGCUGCAGCUGUGGGUCGUCUUGGGUACGGAUAUGAGUACGUGGGAACUGUGUAUCUAGAUCAAGGUUCCAUUUCCUGGUCUGCCCCUUGCUUCAAGGAGAACUCUGCUAUAUUAGUUCUGAAAAAUCAGUGGGAACAUUUUUUCUAUUACACGGUUAUUGUCACGCCUCACUAUGGACAAUGUUGGACUUGUCGAGAUGACUACCAAUUCAAAUUGGGAGAUAAAAACGUGAAAACAGGCUCUACGUAUUUUGGUGGUGUUGGAAAUGAUUUUGUCUUAUCCAUCUUGACGGAGGAAGUGGAUCAGCUGAAAAAUGAAGGGAUACAUAUCUACGUGGAUACGAACGCAGCUUGCAAUGGUAUUUCCAGAAAGACAAUAAAGAAUCCAUUUGAAGAUGUCGCACGUAUUGCAAUGAAUUAAAAAAAAAAGAGUGUUCGUUGAAUAAAGAGUCAUUUUAUGUCUUGUUGUGUUAUAAUAAUAAGAAAUGCAAGAUCGUUAUCCAUUUCCACUUAAAAUGGAGGAUAUUGAAGUUAAGUUGAAUUUCCGAUCCACUGUAUUUUAAUUUCUACAUAUAUCCCUCAACUCCUCGAGUUGGUUCGAAAAUGAGCAUUAUUCUACUUAUUAUAAUAGGUUUCUACGUUGGU